AUGGCAACGGCUGUCAUUGAAGGAUACAAGAAUUGCCAUUAUCCACCGGGAAUUGAAUUUAACCCUAAGUGGAAAGAUAUGGUGGAAGAUCGUGUCGGAACGAGGGUGCUGAUUAUGGCAACGACUGUCAUUGAAGGAUAUAAAUAUUGCCAUUAUCCACCGGGAAUCGAAUUUGACAAAAAUUUGAAAACUGCGGUGGAAUAUCGUAUCGGAACGGGGGUGCCGUUGAACAGGUCCAAAGGGGUAGCUUUUGAUCCGCCAAAUAUGGCACACUAUAUAAACAAGGGAACUGCGACGAUGUACGGAUGCAAUAGUGGACCUGCCAGAGAUGGGACAACGAGAAAUUGGUUGUUGUGCCUCUAUAAGAAAUAA